AUGAGGUUUGUACGACAUACCUUGUUUAAAACAAGGCCAUUACAGUCACCACUCCGUCAUAUUCAUACUUCUUCUCAGCUUUCCCUACCAAGAUUCCCUUCAUAUAACAAUAAUAGUCGAAGUAAUAGAACUAGAAUUACCCAGGAAAUAAGUGCCGAAGAAGUGCGUAAAUUCCAAGAGGCACAGCAAAGAGCCAAAGAAAAGGGAUUCACCAACAAUUCUGAUUACAGUUACAACUCCCAUUUUCCUGAUGUCGGAGCUUCAAUUCAUAUCCCAAAUAAUUUAAAUGGGAUAAUCACUCCACAAGAUCCGAUUUAUUCGAUUCUUUCAGAGCCUACGCUUGUUAUUGAACGAAAAAUUGAGUUUUUGAACCUAUUUAUCGGAUUCGAACAAGCCAAUAACUACACCAUUAUGAACUCAGCAGGUGAAACUAUUGGAUUUAUGCGCGAAAAGGAUAUAGGAUUAAUGAGAACUUUGGGAAGACAAUUUUUCAGAUUACAUCGGCCUUUUGAUAUCGAUGUGUAUACAAUACAGGGGGAGUUGGCAUUAAGCAUAAAGAGACCAUUUUCUUUUAUAAACUCUCAUAUCAAAGCAUUGUUACCAGGAUAUGAUCACUAUAAUGAAAAUCAAUUGAUGUAUGAAGUUGUUGGCGAGAGUGUACAGCGUUGGCAUUUGUGGAGGAGGAAAUAUAAUUUGUUCAAACUUGAAGAUGAAGAGACUGAGGAUUAUGAACAGUUUGGAGAUGUUGAUGCACCAUUUCUCUCGUUUGAUUUCCCGGUGAAGAAUCAUCGAGGACAGGUCAUAUCUAGUAUAGAUAGGAAUUGGGUUGGUUUAGGUAGAGAGAUGUUUACUGAUACAGGGAUUUAUAUAUUACGGUUCGAUCCUGCGAGUUUCAAAGGGUUGGAAAAGUCAUAUGGAGAGAUUUGCAAAGAUGGUGUUACAAUAGAUCAACGCGCGGUGAUUUUGUCUUGCUUUACCAGUAUAGAUUUCGAUUACUUUUCAAGACAUAGCAGUGGUCAUGGGUUAUUUGGAUUUGGUGCUGGCGGUUAUGAUGAAGUUUAG